AGCGUUUGCCUAGCAAGCACAAGGCCCUGGGUUUGGUCCUCAGCUCCAGAAAAAAACAAAACAAACAAAAAGAAAAAAAAAGAGAUGGCUCAGUGGUUAAGAGCACUGGCUGCUCUUUCCAGAGGACCUGAGUUCAAUUCCCAGGUCAUAACUGUCUGUAAUUUAGCUCCAAGUGAUUUGACACCCUCACACAAACAUACAUGCAGGCAAAACACCAAUGCACAUAAAAUAAAAAUAAAAUCAUUAAAAAUAAAUAAAAUUACAUUUGCUUACUAAAAAAAAGAAAAAAGAAUCACUUAAAAAAGAUCUAUUUAUUAUAUACACAGUGUUCUGCAUGCAUGUUUGGUGAAUACCAGAAAAGGGCACCAGAUCUCAUUACAGAUGGUUGUGAGCCACCAUGUGGUUGCUGAGAGUUGAACUCAGGACCAUCUGGAAGAGCAACCAGUGCUCUUAACCGCUGAGCCAUCUCUCCAGCCCCAAGAAUCACCCUUUUAACUGGUUGUGGUAAGUCCACGCCUGCAAGACCAGAUUUGAGAAGAGGGGGCAGGAGUUCAGAGCCAACCUCCAUAACAUGGCAAGUCCAAAGCAAGCCUGAGUCACGUGAGAACCUGACCCAACCACCCACCAUGCAGACACAAACAUAAAGAGUCACCAUUGUUGAUUGAUUGAUUGAUUUUGAGAAGUUAAGGAAGGCCUGAGCUCUCGUGUUUACCCUGCCUCAGCCCCUGAAGUAACACUAUCAUAUAACCCCUGCUCACAGCCUUUCCCGCAGGCCUCACGAGGCUCUGGAGAGGAAGAAUUCCAUUUCUAACCUUUGUCCCCCAGGCCUGGCAGCUCAUUUGUUAGCCAUCUCCCAACAGUAGCAAGGGACAGACAUCUCUCUCCAAACAAUCCAACCUCUCCUCACAUCCCCCCGCUCUGUACUGUCAAUGGGACACUCUGCCAAGUUCCACCUGUCCUGGCUUCAUUUUUCAGGUCAGAUGUUUGACUGCUCUAUCUCUGGCAAAAAAAAGAGUCAUGCCAGCCAGAGGUCCACUCCUCCCAGGGUCCCUGGUGGCCCGGACAGAGUUGAGGCCGCUGCUGUGGAGACCCUGACCACUGGAUGUGUGUUUUCAAGGAGGACCUCCUCCAGCAAUGACUACCUCCUUGUUGCUGGUUUUUUUGUUACUGACUCCAGCCACAGUGGCGAUCCUCCAAACUGCUGGUCCAUGUCCAUCGUGUUGGGGGGCCACCUUCGACCUGGAGAGCCAGCGGGAGCUGCUUCUCGAUUUGGCCAAGAAAAGUAUCCUGAACAAGCUGCACCUCAGCCAACGCCCCACCCUGAGUCGGCCUGUGUCCAGAGCAGCCCUGAAGACCGCGCUGCAGCGCCUCCGUGGGCCUCGAUGGGAAACCCUGCUGGAGCAUGACCCGACACAGGAAUAUGAGGUCAUCAGCUUUGCUGAGACAGGCCUCUCCAGCAUCAACCGGACGCGUCUGGAUUUCCACUUCUCCAACAGAACUGCGGGUGGCAGGGAAGUUCGGCAGGCCCGCCUGGUGUUCUUUGUGCACCUCCCCUCCAACGCCACCCAGACCGUGAACAUGCAAGUCCUUGUGCCCAGACCACGGGGCACCAACCUCACCUCGCCAAGUCAGCACCGGCUGCAGGUGGAGGGCAGCGGCUGGCACCAGCUUCUCCUGGGGCCCGAAGCUCAGGCUGCUUGCGGUCGGGGGCACCUUACCCUGGAGCUGAUACCUGAAAGCCAGGCGGCCCACAGUUCAGUCAUCCUGGGCGGGUUUUCUCACAGGCCCUUUGUGGCAGCCCGGGUAAGCGCCGGGGGCCAGCAUCGGGUUCGCCGCCACCGAGGCAUCGACUGCCAGGGAGGGUCCAGGAUGUGCUGCCGGCGGGAGUUCUUUGUAGACUUCCGUGAGAUUGGCUGGCACGACUGGAUCAUCCAGCCCGAGGGCUACGCCAUGAACUUCUGCACCGGGCAGUGCCCGCUCCAUGUGGCCGGCAUGCCUGGCCUCUCCGCCUCCUUUCACACCGCAGUGCUCAAUCUGCUCAAAGCCAACGCGGCCGCGGGCACCACCGGAGGGGGCUCGUGCUGCGUGCCCACGGCUCGGCGCCCUCUCUCUCUGCUCUACUACGACAGGGACAGCAACAUUGUCAAGACGGACAUUCCGGACAUGGUGGUAGAGGCCUGCGGGUGCAGCUAGCUCACCUGUGAUACAGGCAGCCCGAGGGAGAGCGGGCAAACCUGCCCUUACAAGACGGCCUUCCUCAGAAGGUGGGAGUGACUGGUUCUCUCCUGUCUAAGCAUGCAGACUACCCUCUGUUGACCCCCGGAGAUCUACAUCUAAGACCACCAGCCUCUCUCUCUCUUUCCUGGGACGUGAUUGACACAGAACACCCUUCAUCCUAGACCCAGAACACCCCUCAUCCUAGACCCAGAACACCCCUCAUCCUAGACCCAGAACACCCCUCAUCCUAGACCCAGAACACCCCUCAUCCUAGACCCAGAACACCCCUCAUCCUAGACCCAGAACACCCCUCAUCCUAGACCCAGAGCACCCCUCAUCCUAGACCCAGAACACCCCUCAUCCUAGACCCAGAACACCCCUCAUCCUAGACCCAGAACACCCCUCAUCCUAGACCCAGAGCACCCCUCAUCCUAGACCCAGAGCACCCCUCAUCCUAGACCCAGAACACCCCUCAUCCUAGACCCAGAACACCCCUCAUUCUAGACCCAGAACACCCCUCAUCCUAGACCCAGAACACCCCUCAUCCUAGACCCAGAACACCCUUCAUCCUAGACCCAGAACACCCCUCAUCCUAGACCCAGAACACCUCUCAUCCUAGACCCAGAACACCCCUCAUCCUAGACCCAGAGCACCCCUCAUCCUAGACCCAGAACACCCCUCAUCCUAGACCCUCGUCCAGGGGCUAAUCCGCUGUCAAACACAAGCAACACGGUCUCGUCCCCAGCAAAGACAGCCCUCGCUCACCCCGACCAACGUCAUGUAGUGGUAUUUGCUCUGACCAUGAUCCUGGGCUACACGGCCCAAAGGCGGGCGUGCUCCUGCUGUUGUAAUGUGACUUCUUAUAAGGAGCUGGAGAAAGGUCACAUGCCCCUUCUCCCUGCUCCUGUCUGUGAGGUGGAUUUGCUCCCGGUCAGAUCAGUGGACGACUUCCGUCUACUCUGUUCUGUCAUCGUGAGUGUAUUUCCUCAAUUUGUAUCUUAAUAAAUUCUGUUACCCAUUUAAUAGACUCAUGUGGAUUGAUCGUAAUAAUGAUGUCAUCUACUCUACCUCCAUCUGAUGGCUCCCACCCGACGAUGGCAUGCCCUAGUAUGGCUCCCACUCCAUGAUGGCAUGCAUGCCCUAGCAUGGCUCCCACCCCACGAUGGCACACCCUAGCAUGGCUCCCACCCCACAAUGGCAUGCCCUAACAUUUUCCCUCUAGUUAUUCGGCGCUCCAAAAGACCCCUUCCAUGGGUUCACUAGAUCGCUGUUUUCCGAAGCGAGAGCCUUGCCCAAACUUCCCGCUAAUACUGUUUGCAGAACCCUGUCUUCCUCUGCCUGUGAGGGCUGUCACACCUGAGCCGCAUCAUCCGAGCUCUCCUACCCUCGGUCUUGCCGCUGAAUUCCAGGGAGACUCGGGGUGGAGACUGAAGGCUAGGGAGUGACAGAGGUCAGAAAACUCCAUCAGGCGCAAUGUCUCGCACUUACAAUCCCAGCACUUAAGAGAGUGCUACCUAAAGGUUGAGGCCAGCUAGUUCUAGGCUAGCCUGGGCUACACUAUUAAGACUUUGUCAUAAAGUAAAAGAAAGGAGCAGGGGAAAGAAAAGAAUAUUUCCUAUUCCCACUCCCCACCUGUUUGCAGGACACGUCUCUCUGUAGCCAUGACUGUGCUAUGUCUGCACGGCUGCAGAUUUGGGGACUCAGUAUCAUUAUUUCAACACUAAGAAUCUGGAUGGCUUGCCUUUUUCUAGUCCCUGGUAUCUGAACAUCCUGUUUUUGUUUUCCAAUUCACUGUGUAGAGCAGGCUUGCCUAGAACUCACAGAGCUCCACCUGCCUUCACCACCGUGCCCAGCUGUGAACACUGUUUUUGGUUGGGUCCCACAACCCUACCUGUGACCCUGUGACCCCCUUUCACUAGGUUCCCUUGAGCUAGUUCAAAAUGUCCUCUGUCUCCUGUUGAGACCUUCCCCUGUCUUCACAUGGUCCCCUCCGGCUCAGCCGUUCCAUCCAUCUCAUACUUCAUGCCUCGUCCUCCUCCAGGCUGCCCCUUCUUCCUUCAUCUCCCCCCAUCCUCCUUCCAGAACUAUCCUUCCGUGGUGUCAUGGCUAAUAAUGAACUAGCUAUUGCCUGGAUCUCAUCCCCCUCUGAACUCACUCCAAGAGAUGAGACAGAUCGAUAGUCAAUUAUCAAGUAAGCCAACAGUGGCCACACAGGGUGAGGGCAAAGACAUUCUCAUAGCUGGUUGUUGGAAUUCUGGUUCACCUUCCUUCACCCACCCUUAGAGCUCCCGCCGCCGCCGUGAGUCCUGCCUGGAAGCUUCAGAGAGACAAGAGGAGGAAGGCCUACGAUGAGGAGAGGGCAGCGUUCACUCUGAGAGCGGAUCCUCUUUAGACCUUUACCCUCUUUCCUCACUGUCUCCGCCCUGCGGCUGGACAGCCCUGAACCAUGGGGUCGAUACCGUCUGCAGCCCAAGGCCAGGUUUGCGCAAACCCCCUGUGCCCUGUGGGUAAUGUGAUGUCUGUGUUUGCUCAGCAUGUAACCCCCUCCUACCAGGGCAAGCGGUCCCUGAAACGGAAAUGCAGAAGGGAAAACCUGCAAGGGACCUUUGGGGGGGGCUGCAGGUCCGAGCUGUGGGGUUUCCUACGCAGCCCAUGGGAGACCCUCGUCUAAGAGGUUUCCUGGUGUCUCUUCCUCUGCCCUUUGUCAAUCAGUUGUGUCCCACUUUUAU